AUGAGCUAUAGCAGGGCUCCCAUCCCUAUCAUCGGCUAUUGUAAUGCUCCCAUCCCUAUCAUCGGCUAUAGCGAUGCUCCCAUUCCUAUCAUCGGCUAUUGCAAUGCUCCCAUCCCUAUCAUCGGCUAUAGCAAUGCUCCCAUCCCUAUCAUCGGCUAUAGCAAUGCUCCCAUCCCUAUCAUGGGCUAUAGCAAUGCUCCCAUCCCUAUCAUCGGCUAUAGCAAUGCUCCCAUCCCUAUCAAGUGCUAUAGCAAUGCUCCCAUCCUUAUCAUCGGCUAUAGUAAUGCUCACAUCCCUAUCAUCGGCUAUAGCGAUGCUCCCAUUCCUAUCAUCGGCUAUAGCGAUGCUCCCAUUCCUGUCAUCAGCUAUUGCCCAUCCCUGUCAUCGGCUAUUGCAAUGCUCCCAUCCCUAUCAUCGGCUAUAGCGAUGCUCCCAUUCCUAUCAUCGGCUACAGCGAUGCUCCCAUUCCUGUCAUUGGCUAUUGAAAUGCUCCCAUCCCUGUCAUUGGCUAUUGCAAUGCUCCCAUCCCUAUCAUCGGCUAUUGCAAUGCUCCCAUCCCUAUCAUCGGCUAUAGCGAUGCUCCCAUUCCUAUCAUGUGCUAUAGCAAUGCUCCCAUCCCUAUCAUCGGCUAUAGCGAUGCUCCCAUUCCUUUCAUCGGCUAUAGCGAUGCUCCCAUUCCUGUCAUCGGCUAUAGCAAUGCUCCAAUCCCUAUCAUCGGCUAUAGCUAUGCUCCCACCCCUCUCAUCGGCUAUCGCAAUGCUCCCAUCCUUAUUAUCGGCUAUAGAAACACUCAAUGCAUGCUUCUCUAGCUAA